GCUUCUGCCUCUUUUCCUUAACGCUCCUUAUCUUAUUCUCUUCCGGAUUAAUUUAUUUUUGGGUUCGGGAAACCCAAACCCAAAAGGUUUCGAACUUGUCUCUGAUGUCUCUCCAUUUCACAGAGAGAAAAGGAUUCAGCUUUAGGCGCUUACUAAAGGGGGGCCUCAGAGAGCAGUUUCAGUCUUUGGAGAGACCUCGGGAGAACUGAAUCUGCUGCGUGCCGGAAUCUGGUUUGGGACGUUGAGCAUUUUGGUGGAUCGAUGAUGGGUGAAAGAGGAGGUCCUUACUGCUCUAAGAAUUCUAAGAAGACUGACGAUUACUGCGCUGAUGAAUCAGGUAGACUAUUAAGCACGUCAAGAGCUGGCUGCAUUCUCGGUGGGUUUGAUAUAAGAGCUCUCAUAAUUCUCAUUAUCCUCAUUCCAACCUGCAUUUUUGGCAUAUAUGCGCAUGGACAGAAGGUUUCAUACUUGUUGCGACCAUUAUGGGAAUCAGCACCCAAACCUUUCCAUGAUAUCCCACACUAUUAUCACGAGAAUGCGUCCAUGUCUCACCUCUGCAGACUUCACGGUUGGGGCAUCCGCGAGUACCCUAGGCGUGUAUAUGAUGCUGUGUUGUUCAAUAAUGAGAUAGACAUCCUUACAAUACGAUGGAAAGAACUGUAUCCUUACGUAACUAAAUUUGUUCUCCUGGAGUCAAAUUCAACAUUUUCUGGAAUUAUCAAGCCAUUGUAUUUUGCAAGAAACCGGGAUCAGUUCGACUUUGUUGAACCCCGGUUGGUUUAUGGGAGGGUUGGAAGAACAUCCAAGAAAGGAGAAAACCCAUUUGUGGAGGAGGCAUAUCAGCGAAGAGUAUUGGACUUUCUCCUCCAAGAAAAAGCUGGUAUUACCGACGAUGACUUGUUGAUAAUGUCUGAUGUUGAUGAGAUCCCAAGCAGACACACUAUCAAUCUCCUGAGGUGGUGUGAUGAUAUUCCUCAAGUUCUUCAUCUUCGGCUGAAGAACUAUCUUUAUUCGUUUGAGUUUCUUGUGGACAACAACAGUUGGAGGGCCUCAGUACACAGGUAUCAAGAGAAUGUGACCAAAUAUGCUCACUUUCGCCAGACAGAUGAUAUCCUGGCAGAUGCAGGGUGGCAUUGCAGCUUUUGUUUUCGCAGAAUCAGUGAGUUCAUAUUUAAGAUGAAGGCAUACAGUCACAAUGAUCGUAUCAGAUUUAACAAGUAUCUAAACCCUAAAAGAGUUCAGGAUGUAAUCUGCAAGGGAGACGAUUUGUUUGACAUGCUUCCAGAAGAGUACACAUUCAUGGAAAUCAUUGGCAAAAUGGGCCCUAUUCCUCAUUCCUACUCAGCUGUUCAUCUCCCAGCAUGUCUAUUGGAGAAUGCAGACAAGUAUAAAUUCCUGUUGCCUGGGAAUUGCGAAAGGCAAAGCCAGUGAGCUUCUCUUUUCAGUAACUUUUUGAUGUCUGCUGUAAACAUAGUUGGUCAUGCAGCUUGAGGAGUCAGAUGAUGUGUUCAACCAUACAUCGAUGAACUGUGGUGUAUCGCUGACCUAGUUGUCCUCAUUCUCAGCUACAUUAUAUCUGAUUCUUUUGAAAUGUGUCGGGGCUGGACUAGAGGCUUCUGGGCAUUCAGGGUAAUGUUGCGUACAUAACUUUUACUGGAGUUUGGUUUUGUAUAAUAUGGAGCAUGCCUAUCUACUGAAAGGGAAGAGCUUCUGCUG